AUGUUGACUGAAAAGCCAAUGACCCAGGGUGAAAGUAUAGAGGAUGUCGAGCGAGCAACAGGAUCAGCUAGUUCAGAUGGCGAGCCUGAGUAUGACGAAAAUGCCGUGAAAGCACUGGUGCGGAAGCAGGACUUGAGGAUUCUACCUUUGUCUGCAUUCAUUUACCUGCUGUGCUACUUGGAUCGGUCUAAUAUCGGAAAUGCGAAGGUUCUCAAUGAAAGUGAAGGCAACGACCUUCUCACCGAGACAAAAAUGUCCAAUUAUCAAUACAUUAUCGCGCUAAUGGUAUUCCUGAUUGCAUACGCCAUCUUCGAAGUUCCCUCAAACUAUCUACUAAAAAAGCUGAAGCCAAGUCGAUGGAUCGCGUUCCUCAUGUUUUCCUGGGGCGCAAUAACAAUAGGCCUAGGCGGAGCCCACAAUUUCGGCCAAGUAACCGGCAUCCGAUUCCUCCUAGGAGUAAUCGAAGCAGGUCUAUUUCCGGGAUUGGUAUACUAUCUCACAUUCUGGUAUCGAGUUUCCGAACGGUCCCUCCGCGUUGCACUCAUCCUAGCAUCUGCCACACUGGCCGGUGCCUUCGGCGGAGCCAUUGCCUACGGUGUGGGAUUUAUGAAUGGCGCACAGGGACUAUCAGCCUGGCGAUGGCUGUUUAUCGUUGAAGGUGCACCAUCUUGUGCUUCUGCUAUCCUUGUCUGGUUUACUUUACCCGAUUAUCCAGAGACAGUGGCUUGGUUGACCGAUGAGGAGCGGGAAUUGGCGAAAGAGAGGCUGGAGGAUGAAGGGUCCAAGGGGAAUGCGGCUGCCAUGACGUGGGCUGAUAUCAAGAGUGUUCUUACGGAUUGGCGGUUGUGCGGGCAUUAUGCUAUCUAUUUCGGCAUUUCGACUCCCUUCUCCAGUCUAUCCCUUUUUACACCAUCCAUCACGGCUGGUCUGGGAUAUGAAAAUCUCCAAGCUCAACUAAUGACAGUCCCACCCUAUGCAGUUGCAUAUGUGGUCACACUUGCAGUUUCAUGGUCAGCGGAUCACUUCAACGCUCGUGGCCUACACUCUGCUACAUUCUCAUUUAUCGGCGCAAUGGGUUUCUUGGCAUCAGCCGUUCUCCCAGUGGAUGCAUACUUACAUCGGUACGGUUGCCUGAUCGUGGCAUCCAGCGGGGCGUUUUCUUGUAUACCGCCUCUUCUUGGCUGGCUGUCGUCUAACAUUGAUUCCACCGGUGCAGCUGGACUCGCUAUUGCGUUGAAUAUCUCUUUCGGGGCCCCGGGGCAGAUUGUCGGGGUUUGGAUUUAUAAGGCUAAUGAGAAGGCCCUUGGGUAUCCUACCGGUCAUUGGACUAAUGCAGCUUUGUUACUAUUUGUUUGUGUUGGAUGUGUUUUGUUGCAUCUUUAUUAUGUUUUUGCUAAUAGGAAGCGGCGGGCUUUGGGGGAGGCUAAGGCUUAUGCUUACUAA